CGGGGAGGGGCGAGAUGAUUUUGAUAUCCCGCCCUUCCUCCUCACGUGAUAACGCGGGACGGAAAGGGGAAACCUGAAGCCCAGGCGACCGCCAUAACGGGUUGGCUGCGGGAUUAAGAAGGGGCGGGACAACGAGCUGAGGUGGGACUGCGCCUGCGCCUUGGGACUCGUUCGGCUUGACGCUUCCGGGAACCCCUGAUGCUACCAAAACCUGGGAUCUAUUACCUCCCCUGGGAGGUCAGUGCCGGCCACAUUCCUGAUGGGAGCACGCUGAGAACAUUUGGCAGGUUGUGCCUCUACGAUGUGACCCAGUCCAGAAUGAAGCUGAUGGCCCAGCACGGAUCUGAUCAGCACCAGCUUCUGGUCUGUACCAAGCUGGUGGAGCCGUUCCAAGCGCAGGAGGGCUCCCUGUACAUCGUCCUGGGGGAGCUGGAGCACCAGGAGGACAGAGGCUGCGUGGUGAAGGCCAGAGUGCUGACGUGUGUAGAAGGGAUGAAUGUGUCCCUGCUGGAGCGAGCCAUCCGGGAGCAGAGGCAGUACCAGCAGGAGAGGGGCGGCAGCCCUUAGCAACACCCACAGCUGCUCCUGAGGCCAAACCUGCAGGAGCCGUGGAGCCCCACAGAGGUGUCGGUGCUGCCUGAGUGACUGACAGCCUUUGUCUUGGAGCCAGAGCAGUGGGAGACAGGCAGAUAAUCCAGAUCCUUCCCCUAAUUUGGGAUUGGCCCAGGAAUGAGGGCCCAAAGAGCAGGUGCCUGAAUCUGACACCUCCAAGGAGACUGCAGGUGGCUGAGCUCUCAGAACUGGGGCUGUGCCUCAUGAGGGGGCAUGAAGGGUUCCAGAAGGUUCUUAAGAAUAAAGGCGCCAGCAGCUCCCU